GAGGCCUCCGCCGCCAACUUGACUGCGGGUGAGAGACCCGCCGACCGGGGCCGACGCGGCGGGGCGGCCCGGUGGGGAGGCAGCGGCGCCGCCGCCUGUGGCCGCGCAACGGGGCGGCCCGGCGGGGGCGGGGCGCCGGCCGCGGGAGGCCCGGGCCCGAGUGAAGGAUGCCAAGAAGGAAGAAGCCCACGGAGGGCUUGGACUCCCGAGGUCAGGAUGGGGAGGAAGAGGAGGAGGAGAAGAAGAACUUCAGCAAUGCCAAGAAGAAGCGCAGUUUUGUGGAUGCGUUUAUUGUUAUAUCCGACAGCGAUGGAGAGGAGUCAAAGGAGGAAAGCGAAUUGCAAAAGAAGAGAUCAAAACAGCAGCUGGAGAGAGCGAAGUUUGCUGCUAAAAGGAAAAUUGCACAGAUGACUGAAGAGGAACAGUUUGCCCUGGCCCUGAAAAUGAGUGAGCAAGAAGCCAGACAAGUGAACUGUCAGGAAGAGGAAGAGGAGGAGCUCUUGAGGAAGGCCAUUGCUGAGAGCCUUAAUAGCUGUCAGCCCUCAAACUCUUCUGAUGCAACCCCUCAACUGUCUGAAGAAGCACUGGGCAUGCAAGGCCAAAGACAGCCUGCUGAGAAGGAAGGCUCUGAGAUCCUGGGAGGUCUGGCACUUUGCCCUGACACCCCUCACUCCAAGUGCAGCUCCCACUCACAGAGCAGCAGAAUUGAUGGGAGUGGACAGAUGGAUGUCGCCCGGAGCCCCCUGGUAGUGUUGAGGAGGUUAAGCCAGGAAAUCGUUGAGAGCUCGCUAGUAUCCAGCAUAAUCGUGUCUCCGGGGAAGGGCCAGCCUGUGACAAGGUCAAGUGAAAAUCCUUCCUCACCAGCAAAAAGUGAUUCUAGUAACAUGUUACCCGGCACUCUUGGAGAGGACCUCAUCUCUUUGAGUCCUGUCUUUGGCAGAGUGUCUUCAGGCUCCUGGCGACUGACACCUCGGAGACUGUUCAGAAGCCCCUCCAGCUCUUCUGAAGCCACGAGCCACGAACCAAAAGAGCAGCCCCUGCCCUGCACUGACCAUUCUGCAGGAGAGGCUGUUAGUGGUAGCUCAGCCACGCUCUGGAAGAGCCAGGCCAUGGAACAGUGUGGCAGCCCCAGGAGGAGUGGUGGGGGAGCAGGUAUCAAGCACACCUCGCAGCCCAGGCACACCACCAAAGCCUCUGCUUCCACAGAGCGAGCAGAGCAGGAUGAAGUGCCCGAUGGUACCCCUAAGCUUUGUGUACUAAAUGUGGCAGAGGAGAAGCACAAGCAGGAGGAGGUGAGAGACACAGUGCAUUAUUACUGGGGGAUCCCCUUCUGCCCCAAAGGGGUGGACCCGAACCAGUACACCAAAGUCAUCUUGUGCCAGCUGGAGGUUUACCAGAAGAGCCUGAAGCAGGCUCAGAGGCAGCUGUUGCAUAAGAAGGAAUUUGGUAACCCAGUUGUGCCCAGUUCUUCCUUGAGCCAAAACGAGCUUGGGAGAGAAGAGCAGAUAAACAGGGAGAAUGGGGUUGCUGAUGAUACAGAAGAUGGCGACCCAGAUGGGCAGAAGGACUCUGAGAGCCCAACCUGGCUCCUCCCUUCAAAGAGGAGGGAGGCAGAGAGUCCAGGGCACAGCAUGGAAGAAGAGAAGAGCUCUACUUCUGAUGAUGAACCAACCACCAGCUACUGCCAGGCCUCCCAGGUGCUGCCUGCAGAGGAUGUGUGUGAAGAUGGAGAGCCCAUGCAAAUAGCCCAGAGCCUCUCCAUGUUGACCCCACUUGGCAGUAAAAGGAGCCCAGAUAUUUCCACAGAAAACUCUGCUGAAGAAGAGAUCUCUAUUUGCCCAGAGACCCAGCUGAGUCCACUGGAAGCUAUUGAGGCGGAGAGCGAAGAGCUCUGCUUGGGCAACAGAGAUGCACCUUUGCAGGCUGGUGGAGCUGAAGAUGCUGGCAGGAUUGUGUCUGAGUGCAGUCCUACAGCUGCUGACCAGGUGUCAUGCCCACUGUGUGACCAAGACUUCCCAGCGACGGAGAUUGAGCUGCAUGCCAUGUACUGCAACGGCAUCGUGGGGGAGGAGGCUGGCAAAGGCAGUCCAGGUCUGCCAAGCUCUGCUGCUCUCUGUUUGCUUCUUGUGCUCAUUCCCUUUCCCUGUUACUUGCAGACAGGUGCUGCACUGUUGUCCUUCUCAGGAUAUUGGGUGUGUGGCGUGGCAUGUAGGGAAGUUUGUUCACUCUGUCUUGUUCCACCUCCAAAGCAGCCAGGAGAGUGUUCCCCGAGGCUCCUGUGUUUCCAGGAUCUCCUGGCUCAGUUAACCUCUCAGUGAUAGACUUCGUAAUUCAUCACAUUAUUAGCCCCUUGGAAAGCGUGUAAGGUGACUGUAACCCCAAGAUCUAUCCCUGGAUGCUUCAAACAGUACUCAUAAGACUUGUCUGUUGUGUGCUUUGUUGUGGACCUGCAGAGAGUCUGCCAGUGGUAGAAAAUGGCAGGCUCCCGAGCCACGCGGGGAGAUGUCCUUCAGGGCUCGCGAGGAGGCAGAAUGCUCUGCACCGCUCCAAGCGCGGCCUGCCGUCUGCAACAAGCCUGACAUUUGUGUGUGCAAAAAUGGCUUGUUCAGCUGCAAGAAAUUGCAGAAAAGUUUCCCUCUUGUUCCUGUGAAAUUGCAAAAUGAUAGCUAUCGAUUUAGGAGCUUGGAUUUUGUUCCUUCCUGUGAAGAGUGAGGCACAGAAGCACGGUCAGAGCGCCCGUAUUAAUCCUCUCUGCAAUCUUCUCUGUAUCAGUUUUCCAUAGCUAACCUUUGUAGAGCUUAAGUGAGCAAAUACACCAGUUGGUUAUCAACAUAUUCAAUAAGUUCUGUUUUAGCUGCUGCUUGAAAUGUAAAGUCUGUGUUAGCACAAUGUCAGGUAAUAUCAAAGUAGUAGCUUGUAAUAAGAUUAACUUUUCAGGUUGUGAAUACCUAAUUUUCAGUUACAUACUGGGUUAUUAAAUGCAACCUAAGUCUGUGAUAUUUAAGCAAUUGGAGAAAAUUUGAGCUAGUGCAAGGACCGUAAGUUCUUUGUUUGCCUGGCAGGAGAAAGUUUCACCAUGUAAUCUUAAUGCAGAAUUGAUGUAGCUUUAAAAUACAAGGUCAUUGUUAAAGCGAAUCUUUGGGGAUAUGGCAUGGGUCCUGUCAAGCUAACAGGAGGCAGAGUAGUGGCUGGAGCUCCUUGGGGCUUAAUUUUGGUGGAGAGUUCUCUCUGCAGGCAGAAACCAGCAACUGAUGCAAAGCAUUUGCUCAGGCAAAUCACAAAUUAUCACAGUUCCUCUCCCAUCCUCACCGCUGAUACCUGUGCCACAAAAUGGAGCAGAAUUUUCAGUCUGCCUUUUAGCAGGGAUGUCUUUGGCCCUGUGGUAAUUGGGUCCCUGGUGUGACUGGACUGUGAGUCUAUCCAUUGAUCCUGGGGAAUCCUGACUGUGAUCAGGGAAGGCUUUGAAUUAUUUGGCAGUGUGAGGGAAUUUGUUCUUUCCUUUGGUGUUGGCUUUCAGCAGGACAGAGUUCAAGGCUGGCCUCUCCACUCUGCUUCCAGACUGGUCUCCUUGGGGAUGUUUGUAAGGGUAGUUAUUUUGGAAUUGCUAUUCUGCUGUUCAGAACAAUCCCCCCCCUAAGAAAACUAGCCUGGAGUAAAUGAGAUUUUGGUCUACAGUAAUGGCUCUAAGUAGAGCAAUGGUUUGGGGAUGAAAUCACAGUAAUUUGGGGUUUCUGUUACCAGUUAUUCUAGUGUUUUUCCUGUAGAGACCAGGUUUUAUUAGCCAUAACAGUCUCUGAUACCUGCAUUAUUUACACCAAGAUUUUGCAGGACCGUGGGGCUUCCUGGACCCAGAGCUGCACAUAACACAGGGCAGGACCCUGCCUGUCUGCUGGGGCUCUGGCUCCUGUGGCGCCUGAGCCCGGUUCCCAGUGGCUGUGCAACAGCAGCAGCUGCCCAGAGAGGUCUCAGCUGAUGGGCUGAUCAGGGGCAGUUGGGGUGAACAGGCUGGGAUGAUGUUUAGUUCUGAGCAGAGGCCAGGCAGUAGACUGGCACAGCUGUGCAAGUACAAAAGGACUCUCUUCCCAGGGCUGUUACCUUGGCAUCUGUCACUAGCACAGAAUUCACAGGUAAAGCUACUGCAUGGGGAGAAAAAAGAGGUGGGAGAACUGUCUUCUGAAGCUAAUGCCAGCUCCUGUGUGGGUCCAGAAGCUGUUCUCUACUGCUGCAACUCUGUGUGCUCUUGGCUGGCUGCUGGCUUCCUCGAGAGCACAGCAAUAGCCUUGUGUGAAAGGAAAAUCAAAAUUCUGUCCUCUUAAGCCCUGUCCUGAUCUGUAAAGGAAAGAUGGCUUCAGUUUUCCUUUGGUGCACUGGGUCAGCGGCUCCUGCUUUGUCUUUGGACUUAUUAAUUGGAUUUAUUCCUGAUGUCUCUAGAAUUGCAGAUUGUGCAGUCCUGCAGACUGUAGCUGUCAGUGUUUUUCAUUUCAAAUUACAAAAGGAUGGGGUUCUUGCUGCUUCUAUUUCUCUUCUCCCUCCUCCUAAUCAUGCACCAAAGUCUUUCAGUGCUAUGUAUCAGGAGGCUAGCUCGGUCCAGCUGAUAUUUAAGGACAGUUGUGAGUUAGCUGGGCAAGAUGAGUUAAGGUUUCUUCCCUUCUGUAUGUACAUGAAUGCCCUGGCUGGAUGCCCAUACUCGAGCAGUAUGAAAAUCUGGUCAUGAAUUUCCAUUUUCCUGUGGUCUGAGUAAACAAAGAAGAGCAGCAGUGUGCUGCUGUGCCAGGCGAGGUGUGGUCCGGGUUCAAGGUUUCCGUCUCAGUGCCUGCCGUUAACACCAAGUGGGGCUGUGGAAGUGCUGUGCCAGCUCCUGUUGCUUCAAGCACUCAGCUGAAGGGCUUGCUGGUGUGAGAGGGGCUCUGUGCUGGAGUCACCACAUUCCUCACCUGCUGUUGCUGCCAAUGCAGGAAUCCACUGGUCUCGGUCUGAGAGCAAGUCCUAGCCACUACUGAGUACAGCAAAUAGUCUCAAGCUUUGUGACAUUCUCUGUUCCUCUUGCCCUGCAUCUGUGUGGUCCCAGCCUCUCAGUUCCCAAGUGAGCCCAGAAAAAAGAAUAUUUUGUACAUCCCUUCCUCCCAAAGUCUCAAACAACCUGCUGCAGCUGUCAGUCUUCAGCACCAGUUCUGUUAAAAAGCUCCUGACAUCAAUAGAAGUGGCCCUGAUACAGCGGAAAGAGUAAUGGAGUGGGUGCAGAGGAAAGCUUCAUCACUUCUGAGAAAGGACAAGAUGCCAACAAGCCUGCCACUAAUGGAGUCCUGCACAAGAAACAGUACAGCAGGUAGUGAGAGAGUGGAGGAAGCCAGUGAGUUGUGCAGCAAGAUGAGGAGCUUGGUGACUGUGACCUUAUAGCUCCACAUGCUGACCUGACCUGGCAGCCCCAGGAGAUGCCCAGGGUGGGCAUAUUGAGGACAGUUUGCUCUUCUUCCCCAGGCUGUAAGCUGGAGCCAAGCAGCCCAAGGAUGACUUGUCAACCAGAAGAAAUGCUUAGCCAGAAAA